UCUUUCAGUGUCGGUCUCUCUCUAUAUCUUUCCCGCAGUCUCUCUUCAAGUCGGUUUACUAAACCCCUUAAUUUCUACUAAUUUCCUGCUAAACAUUUCAUUUUUUGAGUUCUUGAGCGGGUCUAAUCAGUUGUUCGUCUAGUUGAAAUCAAGAGUCAAGUGUGAUUCAGCUGAUUUAUCUACGAUUUCUUGUUCUGGGUUUUGCUUAGUUUUUGGUAUUAGUAGUUUUAGGUGUGAUCAUUGAAGCUGAGGCGAUCAAGGUUGUUCUGUUGGAUGUUCUUUUCACUUGGUCUUUGUAGUUAAUUAGUUGAUCAAAGUGAUGGAUCUAAGUGAUAAAGGUUGGGGAUCUGAGGAUAUGAUGAGCCAAGCAGAAAGCCAACUAAAAACAUGUGCUGAUUGUGGUACCACAAAAACCCCUCUUUGGCGUGGUGGCCCUGCUGGCCCUAAGUCAUUGUGUAAUGCUUGUGGGAUCAGGAGCAGGAAGAAGAGAAGAGCACUUCUGGGAUUGAACAAAGAAGACAAGAAAUUGAAGAAAUCAUCUGAAAAUAAAAACCAGUACUGCAGUAACAGUAGUACGAGCAGCAGUGGAGAUAGUACCAGCAGCAGCAGCAGUAAUGGUUGUUUAUUAAAGAAGAAGUUUUUGCCUUUUGGUAGACAAGUAGUAGCAUUGCAGAGACCAAGAUCAAGAUCAAGAUCAAGUUCAACUCACAAACUUGGUGAAGUAGAACAAGCUGCUUUCUUAUUGAUGGCUCUCUCUUGCGGCUCUGUUUAUGCAUGAAUCAAACAGGAAUGUUGUACUAGGGGCUGUCAUGGUUGUACCUUUUUUGGUUGGUGAGAUGAGAUGAGUGGGUGGGUGGGUAGGUGUAUGAACAGAAUGAUAAAAAAAAGAGCCUAUUCAAGUUGGCUCUCCUUUGAAUUGAAA